CAGCGUAUUGAACAAAAGUGGGACCAUGAUCUGGCGAUGAGGCGUGUUAUAAAAUGUUGUGUGUAUGUGCGUGGGUCAAUACAUGGAAUUCAAUUUGAAAUGUUUGAAUUGGUGUGACUGUGCUGUGUUGAUAGUAUCAACUGACAGUGUCUAUUUAGUUCUGUUACACCUGUUCGAUGUUCAGUCUUCAGUUAUUGAAAUACAAUAUGGAUAGUUUAAUUUCUUUGUCGUCAAAGCGUAACAAGAAUACAGAUUCAUUAACAGGAGACGACUUAGGUGUUUAAUAUUUCUCACAUGGGAACAUUUCGUCGGUGCUUCCAGUUCUUUGUAGUUAAGUUUCAACUGACUUUUUGGACAUAUUCAACAACUUUAUAUGCGUUCUCAAUGACUGAUCACUAGUAGACCAUUUUGGGUUUUUGUUGACAGACAUGUUCACAUCUUGCUGGUUGCCUGUCGUCUAUAAUGAAGUCAGCAUGAGCUCGCCGUAUCACUGUCGUGUCAGCUCGGAUCAGACCGUCAGCGGCUUCCCUGAAUCUGGACAUCAAAAUGUUAACCUGGUCUCCUGCCAAUGCGUGUGCGUCCAUGAAGGGGGCACUGUACGUUGUAUAUGUAAAUUAGAUGGUAGGUCACCUGGCGUUGUGCGAGGGUCAGCUCAGUCGACUGGCAUCGAUUUCGGGUUAUCGCCCUUUCCCACGCGUGGUGAGUGGAGUGACAAUGAAUCAGUUCCAGCGGACAUUUUCAGUGCUCAGGGAUAUUUCAACUCAGGCGCCAUCUGUGAUACAUUCAGACCAAGCUCGUUCGUCGUGUCCAAUCCUACAAGCAGCUCCACACCUGCCAUUGUUGAACAGGUUCUUUCAGAUAUACCGGAGCAAAGGGGCGAUUCAGACAUGUGUCUAACCUCCACUUCUCAUAGACCUCCUCGACUGGCAUCAAAACAUGCUCGAAAGAAUGGUCUACGCCCAGCCUCAUCAAUAUAUAAAAGAACAAAACUGUCCCUGCGUCGAAGGUGCCUGUCGAAAUGCAAGAACAGAGGCAGAUUCUUGACGCAAACAGAAUCGCAGGCAUCGAGUUGUUUUGGCUGCGGUGAUGUUGCGCCCAGAACGGCGAAGGCCUACGGCACCGCUCUGGAGGCAAUAAUCUCCGACGACGAGAUAAACGAGAAAGACUUUCAGAAGACUGAUAUACUCAAGAGGCGAAGAUGUCAUCUACGUAGACUGUCAGAGUGCAGUAAUGAUAUAUGGUCAGCUCACAAGAAAUCUUUCACCUGUUCAGCUUCGACUAUACCAGACCCAAGCAACCAGAAGCUGAACUGGACCAAAGAACCGCUGUCUGUGUUGAUUGUACGCAAGCACUUGGACGAGUCAGUGAUGAUUCCGUUUCGUGAUUUGCUCAUUUGGUUGGUCGAGGCAAAGAACAUGGUUGUGCUAGUGGAGCAAUCAGUGAUGGAUGACAGAAUUCUCAAGGAUGACAAAGACUUUCAGCGUCUGCAGGACAAGCUCAGCACUUUCAAAGAAGAUGAUGACUUGACAGAUAAAGUUGAUUUUAUCAUUUGUUUGGGUGGUGAUGGAACACUGUUGUAUGUCUCUUCACUUUUCCAGAGUAAUGUCCCUCCUGUGAUGGCAUUCAACAUGGGAUCUCUAGGCUUCCUCACACCCUUUAGGUUUAGUGAUGACUUUAAAACAGAAGUCUCAAAAGUCAUGCAAGGUUCUGCUUCCUUGCUUCUCCGGUAUCGUCUGAAGUGUGUUGUGGUCAGGCAUGAUACAGAACCCACACAGGAUAUACCACAUGUCAAGAAUAUACAGAAGGAGGAUGUGUGGACCAAAACACAUAAGUUGGUUUUGAAUGAAGUUGUUGUAGACAGGGGACCAAGCUCCUAUUUAUGUAACCUUGAACUUUACAUAGAGGGUAGGAGAGUUACCUCCGUUCAAGGUGACGGUCUUAUCAUCUCCACACCAACUGGCAGCACCGCCUACGCCGUGGCAGCUGGAGCUUCCAUGAUCCACCCUAGUGUUCCUUGCAUCCUGCUCACUCCCAUUUGUCCCCACUCCUUGUCCUUCAGGCCCAUCGUUGUUCCCGCUGGGGUGGAAAUCAAGGUGAUGUUGAGUCCUGAUGCCAGGGGAACCGCCAUGGUCUCAUUUGAUGGGAGAGACAGGAUGGAAAUACAUCAGGGAGACAGUCUUCGUAUCACUACCUCAAACUACCCAGUACCUUCCAUCUGUGCCACUGACCAGAUAGAAGAUUGGUUUGAUGGCCUUGCCAACUGCCUAAACUGGAACAUCAGGCACCAGCAAAAGCCCCUUCAGACUGCCAGCAGCGUCUCCUCAUUUGAGUCCCUGGAGGCUGAGUCCUCCAAAUCAUCACAGGUUUCACUCCUAAAUGGCAACAGUUGACAUGCAGCCCAUAAAUUAUAAAGGCAAAAUCAGCUUCAUUGUGCUCUGAUGGAGACAUUUCAAUAUUUGACUUUGAACAUUUAUGACGAGAGCUGGUUUUCUGAUGCCAGCCUGACUCAUUUCUAUAAACCAUGUUCUAAAUCAAUACGCAAGGAUAUCUAGGUUUUACAUUUUUAUAAUGUAUUUUUUUAUCCUAUUUUUCUACAACAUGCUAAAAUAGAUUUGUUUGAAAACAGUGUACUGUGUAAUGGUAUUAUGCAUUACUCCCACAUAUUAUGUAUGAUACAUAUCUCAUAUCUUUCCCUAUCCCAUAUGUAAAGCCCACAAACUGAGCUGUGAUGAAUGUAUAUAUGUGAUUAUAAUACGAUUAUUUAUAGACACAUUAGAAUUUCUUUGUUUACUGCAUCAGAGCAACUUAAAAAUGUAUCUUCUACUAUCAAAGUGACUUGAAAAUGUAUCUUCUACUAUUAAUUUAUCAAAGACUUUCCCUGUUCAGAAAUUGGAAACCAAAGUAACAAAUUAAAUGAGAAAGUUGUCAUGAGGAGAAAGGGGAAAAAGUCACAACUAUGAUAGAAACAUUCUUCAAAAUGAACAAAAGACAGGCAAAUAAAAUAGAUCCAUCUAAAACUUUCACUUUGUAAUCUGUUUUUAUUUCUUUCCUGGUAAUAGCUUAGUUAGAGUUGGUAAAAAUACUAUUAUUUUAACCAAAAAAAAUUUUUUUUUUCUUUAGUCACUUUGUAUUUUUUUCUGAGCUUUUUUUUAAAAUUAUUAUUCUUAUUAUCCCUAAAACUACAGUCUGGUAAGGUAUCAAAGCAAAAAGUAUUCUUGGAAGUAUUUGGGUUUGUUGGUUGCUUAUUUUUGUCUUGUUAUUUUAAUUUCAUUAUUAUUUUUUUUAGAAAUUUAAAUAUAAUGUUGUUUUUUGGGGAAAAAAAUAUUUUUU